UGCCUCAGCUGCUGCCUAAAAACUGAAACAAGAGCCCUCGAUGAAAGAUCUUCCACUGGGCCACCCCCAAAGUACACCCCGCUAACCCGUCACCAAGCCAUCUGUCAUUUGCUUUCUGCCUCUAUAGCGGGAGCAGCCAUGGCCUGGAGUCUCCACGGGAAAGCCCAGCUUGGAGGACUGCUCCUCUCUCUCCUCGGCUGGGUCUGCUCUUGUGUCGCCACCAUCCUACCGCAGUGGAAGACUCUCAGUCUGGACCUGAACGAAAUGGAGACCUGGGUCAUGGGACUUUGGGAGGUCUGCGUGAAUCAGGAGGAAGUUGCCGUGUGCAAGGCCUUUGAGUCCUUCUUGUCUCUGCCCCAGGAACUCCAGGUAUCCCGCAUCCUGAUGGCAGCCUCCCACGGGCUGGGGCUACUGGGGCUUCUGCUCUCUGGCUUCGGGUCCGAAUGCGUCCAGUUGCACAGGAUCAGAUGGGUAUUUAAAAGACGGCUUUGUCUCCUGGGAGGGACUCUGGAAGCAUCAGCUGCAGCCACUACCCUCCUCCCAGUCUCUUGGGUGGCCUACACCACCGUCCAAGACUUCUGGGAUAAUAGCAUCCCUGAGAUUGUGCCUCGCUGGGAGUUUGGAGAUGCCCUCUACCUGGGCUGGGCUGCUGGAAUUUUCCUGGCCCUCGGUGGGUUAGUCCUCAUCUUCUCAGUGUGUCUGGGAAAAGAAGAUGUGCCCUCCCUCCAGAUGGCUGACCCUACAGCCCCACCAUUCUAUGCCCCAGCGGACGAGUCCAGUGCCUCCUUCUAUCUAACACCAAGACCCAGGAACCUAUUCAUCUAGGAACUGCUCCUGCCAAGGAACAUGUGGAAUAAAGGAAUGUUGGUAGAAUCUUUUCUCUUCCUUAUCCUCUGCCACUCUACAUUUAGUUGCCUCACAUGGGGGUGGUAGUCACUGUCCCAUUGGUUAAGGAUUUGACUAUCUUGGUGAUAUGGUGAUCCAUAAUUUUGGAAUAAAAAAUCAAGGCACAGGG